CGAAAUAUGCCUUCUUGUUGCAGCAGUUUCUUCUUCAUCUUCCCAAAAAUUACUUUUUGGGAGUUAUUGGGAUUUUUUCGGUAGGAACAUAAGAAAAACCCAAAAAAGUGGUUUAUAUUAAUCUGGAGGUCUUUGUUUACGCGUGAAACUGAGAAUAGUGUGAGAAACUAAGUGCUGAAAGUUGAAAAAUGUCCAUUGUUUCUUCAGUAGCCUUUGUCCCUCGCGGAUUUGCUGCAGAAUUUCCAAAAACUUACGAAUUGGAUGAAGCUGAAUACGAGAGAAUCAAUAAUAUUUCAAAGUUGAAGCUGGAAGAUGCUCGUGCUCAACUUGAGAAUCCAGAGAACGAACAGGAAAAGAGCGAAAAUUCAGCUGGUGCACAAGAUCAGACUGCCUCCUCAGGUGCAGAAGUCCAAACGGCAGAGGAAAUGGAUGAUGAGCUAAAAGAAUAUAAGUUGGACAACUACGACGAUGAAGAAGAGGAAGAAGAAGAUGAUAGUUUAGCCAUGUUUAGCAAUAUCAAAGGAGUUCAAUACCAUGAAAAUGGAGAAAAUGACCCUUAUGUGACAAUGAAUACUCAGGAAGAAGAAGAAAUGGAACGUGAAGAGAUGCAAAUAUAUCCUACAGACAACCUUUUGUUGGCUGCACGUACAGAGGACAACUUAUCUCACGUCGAGGUAUAUAUUUAUGAAUCGCAAGAAGAAAACUUGUAUGUCCACCACGAUUUCCUUCUUCCCUCUUUUCCUUUGUGUUUAGAAUGGCUCGACUACAAGGUGGGUACUUCUGAUGAUACUCCUGGAAACUACGUGGCUGUCGGAACAUUCGAUACUGAAAUUGAGAUUUGGAAUUUGGAUGUGGUGGAUGCAGUUUACCCUGCUGCUGUAUUAGGUGCAAAUGCUGCUAACUCGGGCUCCAACAAAAAGAAGAAAAAGGCUCCCAAAGUUAACCCCAAAACCCACACGGAUGCUAUUCUUGCUCUUUCCUCGAAUCGUAACGCUCACAAUCUCCUGGCUUCCGGUUCGGCAGAUACUAGUAUCAAGCUUUGGAAUUUGUCAUCUUGUACUUGCGUCAAGUCCUUCACUUAUCACACGGACAAAGUUUCCUCUUUAUCCUGGCAUCCCAAAAUGCCCUCUGUUUUGCUUUCUGGUAGCUAUGAUAAGACAGCUAGAAUUGCUGAUUUGCGUGCUGACGCUCCUCCCUUAACGCUUACUAUUGACAGUGAUGUUGAAAAUGUGGCAUGGGACCCCCACAACGAAAAUAACUUCUUCGUCGGUUCUGACGCUGGUAUUUUGUACUAUUGCGAUGCUAGAGACAUGUCCAAGCCCGUUUGGCAGCUGCAAGCCCAUGACGGCCCUAUUUCUUGUCUGAGCGUCAACCCCAACGUUCCCUCUUUUGUUGCUACUGGUUCGACAGACCGAAUGGUCAAGUUGUGGAACACAUCUGAUCAUACCCCCAAGUUAAUAGUCUCUCGUGAUCUUGACGUUGGUCGUGUAUUUACUUGCUCCUUCGUACCUGAUGAAUCUAUUUCUUUCCAUUUGGCUGCCUCAGGAAGUAAGGGUCUUGUUCGUGUUUGGGAUACAGCAACAAAUUCUGGAGUUAGAAGAGCAUUUGAGAGUCGUAUUGGUAAAAAAUCCGUUGCUCCCAAGGAACGGGUUGUUCAAUUGGAAGACGCUGGUGCUAAUGAUGAGUCCGACGAGGAGGACGAGGAGGAUGAUGAAUAUGAAGAUAUUGAAGCGAACGAGGAUGAUGAUUCUGCUGAUGAGAUUCAAGAUCAGGAAAUGGCUUAAUUUUUCGCACAAAUCGUCAUAAUUUGGAAAUUUUUCCUUUCAUUAUAAAUUGGAUCUAUAUAGGUGUUGUGUAUCAAAAGUUUGGUUAGAUGUAUUUUAAUUAUGGACCCUGCAAUGAGGUUUGCAUGGUAAAACUGGGAAUUUUUGGUUAGAGUGAAUAAAAGAUUG